AUGGGUGAAAAGCUGCAACUAGGUCAGGGAAGACCAUUUCCUCCACCUCUCCCUGAUGCGCAGGACUAUAUCGUCGAUUUCGACGGGCCCGACGACCCAAAGCACCCUUACAACUGGAGAAUCUUCCGCAAGUUAUUUGCAUCCAUCCUAGUGUGCUCGGGGACUUUCAUUGUUAGUCUGACAAGCGCAAUAUUCGCCCCAGGGCUCGAAAACGCCAGCGCUGAGUUCGGGGUUUCAUCAGAAGUUGGACAGCUCGGAACCACACUGUAUGUGCUGGGAUUUGCUUCUGGCCCCAUGCUCUGGGCUCCGGCAUCAGAGCUCUCCGGGCGGAAAUGGCCUUUGACCAUAGCCAUGCUAGGGGGUGGGAUCUUCACGAUCGGGUCUGCGGCAUCGAAAGACAUCCAGACGCUCAUUAUCUGCCGCUUUUUUGCCGGCAUGUGCGGUGCUAGUCAACUCACUGUCGUUCCAGGGGUCCUGGCAGAUGUAUUCGACAACACUUAUCGGGGCAUGGCGAUCUCGCUAUACGCCUUGACUGUUUUUGUGGGCCCGUUCACGGCACCUUUUAUCGGAGGCUUCAUUACAGCGAGUUACCUGGGGUGGCGGUGGACUCUUUAUCUCCCUGCAGUCCUGAGCUUGGCUAAUGGCGCAAUAUCGCUGUUCAUCUUGGAGGAGACGUACCCUCCUUGCCUCCUUGUGACAAAGGCAGCUCUCCUCCGAAAACAGACGGGGAACUGGGGGAUCCAUGCCAAGCAGGAGAAGAUUGAAAUCGAAUUUCUCUGGCUGCUGGAGAAGUACUUCACGCGGCCACUGAAAAUGCUGAUUACAGAGCCCAUUAUCCUCCUCGUCUCUCUCUACAUGUCCUUCAUCUACGGACUGGUCUAUGCUCUCCUUGAAGCAUACCCUUUGGUCUUCCAAGCAGUCCACGGCAUGGAACAUGGGAUCGACGGUUUGCCUUUCAUUGGCCUGACUAUUGGCCAAGUGAUGGCUUGCAGCUAUAUUAUCUCUCAACACAAGGGGUAUGCGAAGAAACUACUCGAAAAUAAGAAUGUUCCCGUGCCAGAGUGGCGAUUAUCACCCACGAUCCUGGGGGCCCCUGUGUUCACAAUGGGCAUUUUUUGGUUCGGGUGGACAGGCUUUACGCCCGCUAUCCACUGGGCUGCACCCACGUGCGCUGGAAUAUUCAUCGGCUUUGGGGUCCUUUGUGUAUUCCUCCCGUGUUUCAAUUAUCUCGUGGACUCCUAUCUCCCACUGGCUGCGUCUACGGUCGCUGCCAACAUCAUUCUUCGAUCGUCUGUCGCUGCCGGCUUCCCAUUGUUCACCAAGCAGAUGUUCCAAAACAUGGGUAUCCAGUGGGCGAGUACUCUGCUUGGGUGUUUAGCGGCCAUCAUGAUCCCGAUCCCUAUCGCCUUCCGAGCAUAUGGACCAGCAUUGCGGAAGAAAAGCAAGCUUUUCCCUUGA